UUUCAGUCUUUUUCAGACUAACAUGGCUAUGUCUUUCAGUCAUAGCUGCUAGCUUCUGCUCAGAAAAAUAAGCUACUUUCAAGGGGCAGAGAACUGUUCCCAGGUGGUGGCCCUGGCCGAAGGUUUUCUUUUGAGCCAGGCUGAGGAGAAGAAGCAGGAUGGACAGCAGGUGAGAGUCUUUGACAUUCGUACAAGUUAAAAAUGAGCCAGCAUUGUGAUACAGCAGCUAAAAAGGCCAAUGUGAUUCUAGGCUGAAUCAGUAGAAGUAUAGUGUCUAAGUCAAGGGCAGUAACAGUAGUACUCUAUUCUGCUUUGGUCAGGCCUCACCUGCAACAAUACUGUGUCCAGUUCUGGGCACCACAAUUGAAAAAGGAUGUUGACAAGCUGGAACACAUGCAGAGGAGGGCGACCAAAAUGGGGAACGGUCUGGAAACGGUGUCCUAUAAGGAGAGACUUGGGGAUCUGGAUAUGUUACAGAAGAGAAAGUUAAGAUGUUAUAAGACAGCCUUGUUUAAAUAUUUGAAGAUAUGUCAUACAGAGGAUGGACCAACUUUGUUUUCUGCUUCUUCAGAGAAUAGGACCCAGAGAAACGGAUUCAGUCUACAGGAAUAGAGAUUCCUGGUAAACAUUAGGGAGAACUUUCUGACAUUAAGAGCAGAUAGAGACAAGUUGGAUCCCAUUCCUUCAGUGUGUGGCGGAGUCUCCCUAUUUGGAAAUUUUUAAACAAGCUGGAUGGCCAUCUGUUGGGAGUGGUUUGAUCGUGAAUUCCUGCAUGGCUGAGGUUUGGACUGGAAGGCCCUUGGGGUCUCUUCCAACAACGCUAUGCUUUUAUGUUGUAAAAAAACCCUCCUUCUGAUUCACUGGCCAAUGUUUUCUAGAAAUUAUGAAUAGAUAUCCUCUCUUCCAGCACACUUUCUUUUCUAAUCCUUUCCUUUAAAAUUCUUAAUGCGGUUUUUGUCCCAGGACCUGUUGGGGGAAAAGGCCACUGAAAUCCUGGAGGCAGAGAAACUGUCCUUAGACUUCAGAGAGAGAGAGCACAGUCCAUUUGGAUCCUACAGAAGGGCUCAGGAAAUGCCAUCUCAUUGGGAGAUAGAAGACUGCAGCCAAGAUGUACUGGCCUCAGCUCUUCAUUCUGACACUCUGCAAAUGGUUUCUGAGAGCCUAGAUCAGGUGACUUUUGAGGAGGUGGCCAUUCGAUUCAGCAAAGAGGAGUGGUUCCUACUAGAUCCGGAUCAAAGGGCCUUGCACAGGGAAGUCAUGGAGGAAAACAUGGAACUUGUGUCCUCUCUUGGUGGAGAUGGACAAGAGAGAGAGAAUUUAAAACAACAAAGGAUGUCUUUGCACCAAAGAGCCCAGCAUCAACAAAAGAAAGAGAAUGGAAGCAAAAUUAACACUCGGGAGAGGAAGAUGAAUAAAGCUUCUGCUUCUCAGGCUGGAGAUUUCUGUGGAAUGUCCAUCCAUGAAAUAAGGAAGAAAGGAGAGGAAAAGAGUAAACAGACUUCUCUUGAAUGUUGGAGAAUCCCCAGUUGUAAAGAAACUCUUAGUUUUCACAGGGGACCUCACAAAGUCACUUGCACCAAAUAAAAUCAAUUUAAAUUUAAAUACAUGGAAUAUAGAAAAAGUUUCAGUAGAAAGACAGAUCUUACUUGUCAUCAACAAAUCCAUACUGAAGAAAAGCCAUUUAAAUGCUUAGAAUAUGGAAAUAAAUUCAGUCACAAGAAUAGGCUCACUCUUCAUCCAAGAAUUCAUACAGGAGAGAAGCCAUUUAAAUGCUUAGAAUGUGGAAAUAAAUUCAGUCGGAUGAGAGAUCUCCCUCAUCAUCAAAGAAUUCAUACAGGAGAAAAACCAUGUAAAGACUUGGAAU